AUGCGUCUUGGAUCGGCACCAUCCAUCAGAUUUGAAGAGACGGACCCGGAUUUCCGACCGGAGGUGUUAGACAUGCUCCCAGAUGACAUAGAGGGUAUGAAGGAGGCGCAUAAUGGAUUCGUCGAAGAGAUAACCAAGAAUCCACCCAGGCUGCAUUAUGCUCCUAACACACGAGGGGUAGUUUCAACGGCAGGUGGUUCAUACUUGCCAGUGUUGGUGAUUUCGCUCCGGAUGUUGCGAUCGACAGGCUCAGAGCUGCCGGUUGAGGUCUUCCUCGCAAACGAUGACGAAUAUGAAGAAUACAUAUGUAAUGUGGUUCUGCCUUCUUUGAACGCGCGGUGUAUGGUGCUCUCCCAUAUUCUCGACGCGGUUCCAAGGGCCAUGGAAAUCCAGAAAUACCAGUUCAAACUGUUUGCUAUGCUGUUCUCCUCCUUUGAAGAAGUCCUAUUUCUGGAUGCCGAUGCCUUCCCAAUACGGCCUCCAGAAUCGCUGUUCACGAGCGAGCCUUUCAAGUCGAAAAACAUGGUCACCUGGCCGGAUUUUUGGGCGGCCACUGUGUCGUCAUAUUAUUACGAAAUCUCCUCCCAACCAGCUCCCCCCAGGGCUGUUCGACAAUCGAGUGAAUCGGGUGAGGUGCUACUGUCGAAGAAAACUCACUCAAAGACCCUCCUCCUCAGCACGUAUUACAAUGUCUGGGGCCCCGAUUUAUAUUAUGCAUUGCUGUCGCAAGGUGCUUCCGGGGAGGGGGACAAGGAAACAUUUGUCGCAGCUGCCUCGGUGCUUAAAGAACCUUAUUAUCAGGUAUCUGAGCCCAUUUGCGCUAUCGGUCACCGUAUCAAGGGUGGUAUGGCAGGUUCUGCGAUGGUGCAAUUCAAUCCUGUCGAAGACUUCGCAUUGACGCAGAAGGGAGAAUGGCGUGUGCAUGGGUCAAAGGCACCCGCACCUCGAGCGUUCUUUAUUCAUGCGAACUUCCCGAAAUUCAACCCCGCCACUGUUUUCGACAAGCAGGACGUCAACCCAGCAUUUGACGAUGAUGGCGGCUACACGCGCGCAUGGACAAUCCCUGAGGAUGUGGUCGAGAAAUUGGGCGUGGAUGUGGAGAAGCAAUUCUGGAAGGAGAUUCUUUGGACCGCCUGCGAGCUUGAAAACAAGUUCAAAUCCUGGGAAGGCCAUAAAGACACCUGUCAAGGAGUCAAGAAGUACUGGAAUGCCAUGUUCUCGGACUCCAAAUCGACAGGCUAG